AUGACAUUCAAGGCCUUGCCGCCGAUUGAAAAGGGUUUUUGGCCCUUCUUGACCGCGCUGUGCAAGAGGGUGACAAAGAACUACUGGUUCGAGUGCAUCAUCUCCCUGGUGAUCGUGGCGAAUUCCGCGAUGUUGGGCGUCGAGAGCCAGAUGUCGAUGGAAAACCAGAACCUGGACUGGGCGGGCCAGGCAGAGGCAUGCUUCCUCUUCAUCUACACCAUCGAGUGCAUCCUCAGAGCCAUCGCGGAGAGGUGGGGUGCACUUCGCGACGGCUGGUUCAUCUUCGACGUUAUACUCGUGAUCAGCGCAUAUGUGGAGCAGAUCUACGCGCUGGCUUAUGACUUCUCGGACCAGCAGGUCAUGGUACUCCGUGCCAUGCGCCUCAUCCGCUUGGUCCGUACCUUCCGAAUGAUCAAGCAAAUCCGAUCCAUUUGGAGGCUGGUCUACGGCUUAGUGAACUCCUGUCAAACGAUGAUCUCCACCUAUGCACUGCUGUUCCUCGUCCUUUACGUUUUUGGCGUGUUGGCGCUUGAGCUGAUCAGCAACGACGAAAUUCUGCAGAACAACGAGGAGACGAGAGAAAUCCUGUCCGACAACUUCAGCUCCCUUGGGGUGACGAUGAUCACCCUGACUCAAUUCGCGACGUUGGACUCCAUCGCCGACAUCUAUCUCCCCUUGACCAAGCAGCAGCCCUAUCUGGCCAUCUACUUCUUCCUGCUGAUGGCCAUCGUUUCCAUCUCUCUUAUGAACCUCGUUACUGCCGUCAUUGUCGAGGGGGCCCUGGAGCAUGCCCGCCAGGACAGAGAGGAGGAACAAAAGCUGGCCCUCGUCACCACGAAGCAGAUGCUCCCCGAGAUCGUGUCGCUUUUCGACAUGGUCGACGCGGACGCAUCUGGCGAAAUCAUUCUGGAGGAGAUGCGAGAGCAUGAGUAUGGCUAUGGCAAACUCUUCUACGGGGAGCUUUUUGAGAUUCUGGAUGUAGACAACUCCGGGAAGGUCAACCGCGAGGAGUUCGUGGAGGGACUCCUAAAUAUCUUCCUUCGCGAGGUCCCGGUGUCCGCGCUCCAGAUGAUAAAGAUGCUUCGCCUGCUUCGGGAGACCAUGUCCAAAGUGCAGGUGGACAUGGAGGUUAUGAAGCAGGCUGUCGGCGCAGCCCUGUUGACGCCACGUUAA